UGUGGCUAAUUGGGUGUCCAACAGGACUAGAGCACCAAAAGUCUGGGGAAGGAUUAAAGAUCGGUGUGAGAGGCCGCAUGCUGCAGCUGCUUCUCACUGCUCUUUGUUUGCUGUAACGGGGAAUUAAAGACAACAGAUCCCGGACAGGACGGAUGUACCCACGGUCGCUCGCACUGAACUCGGAUAGUGAGAAGUGAAGACGCGGUUUUGGCGUUUUGUUGCCAGGUUUUGGAGGCAGAGCGGGGGUGCGAGUAAGAAAUCUGCGGUGCUGCUGCUGUAGGAGUGUCGGGGCGGAAUGAAGCUACUGGGCUGUGUGUCUCCUGCACUGCUGCUGCUACUGCUGCUGGCGCACUCGGUGUCGACACAACUUGGCCCACCAGUGGACCAGGAGGGCUCGGCAGAUGGUUUCCUGGAUGAUGAAGACCUUCUCUCUGGUUCAGGAUCUGGCUUAUCUGAUAUUGAGCCUGAGACUACUAAAAUGGGUGUGUCCUUCACUACAUCGGAGCCCCUCCCCCUUUCAACCACACAAGCCACUGGACAAGCUCCCUCGGCUCCACCUGCCGCAGAGCCCAGUAGCCCCCCAGUGCCAGAAAUGGAAAAUGAAAGUGGUAUGGAGAUGGAAAGAGAAAUUGAGUUGGAGAGAAAGCAAGAAAAUGAGAGAGAGCAGCAGGAAAUAGAGCAAGAAAGGGAAAUAGAAGCAGAGGAUGAAAUGCAAAGUGUGCGAGAAAAGGAAAGACAAAGGAAACUAGAGAGGGAUAGAGAACAAGAACUUGAUAGAGAGAGAGAACGUGAAAAAGAACUGGAACGUGAAAGAGAAAUGGAACAAGAACGUGAAAGACAGCGAGAAAGAGCAAGAAGUACAGUUGCACCCAGGUUCCAUCUGGUUCCAGCAAUGACCACAGACUCUUCUCAGACUUUGUCUGAGACUGCCAUGGCAACCGUCAACAUGGAGGACCUGAGCACCAUAGAAGAAGAUUUGGACGAGGAUUUGUACAUCACCACAGAAACCUACCCUACCAAUUCAUUCAGCACUGACAUAAGCACCACUGAAGCUCCUCCCACCACUGUUGCUUCCACCACAGCUAAAACCAUUCUGAAUCCAACACCCAGCAUUGCUCCUCCACGACGACGAAAACCACAUCCCACACCCAGUGUUGCCCCUCAUCGACCACAGAAACCACAAGUUGUUCCCAGUGAAGCCACACCCACUGAAAGCAUCACACAUCCAAUGACAUCUACUUUACAGGUAAGAACUACAGAGGCAAGCAUAAACAAUGAAGUUGCAGCAGCUGGUCCCAGUGGGGACUUUGAGAUCCAAGAGGAUGGAGGUCGGCAAGGAAACGAAGUGGGGCAAGGCAAAGGUGUGCUAGACGUGGGGAUGGAACCUGACUUGACUGGCAACACAAUAGAUUCAGGAAGUUCAGCUGCUCAGCUUCCUCAGAAAAAUAUCUUGGAGAGAAAAGAAGUGUUGAUAGCGGUGAUUGUUGGAGGUGUGGUAGGUGCACUCUUUGCUGCAUUCCUGGUCAUGCUGCUGGUAUACCGAAUGAAAAAGAAGGAUGAAGGAAGCUACACACUGGAGGAACCCAAACAAGCCACAGUCACCUAUCAGAAACCAGACAAGCAGGAGGAAUUCUAUGCCUAAAACACAUACAGUUUCCUUAUUUACAUCCUAACAAACGAUCCUUUUUCCCCUUGUCUUUUCCUCCCUUCAUUUCUCUUCCUCUGUUUUUUCCUAACUCCCACUUUUUUCCAUGAAGAGUGCCUCUCACUCUGUGGACUUGGAACUUUAUUUUAAAUGGGAAAAAAGAUAAACGAGAAAAAAAUGAACGUUGCUAUGGACAGAAUUGUGGCAAAUGGGCUAAGAGUAGGGAUUCCAUACCUACAGAGAAAUAAAAAAAAAAGCUUUUUUUAAAAGAA